AGUUUGCGCUCCGACGUUGGCGGGUUACCGGUGAUGGCAAUGAAAUCGCGGACCUACGUGUUUGAUAUGGCGACGCUGCUCGUACUGAUGGCGUCGGCGGGGACAACAACCUCAACGCCUCCGAACCUCGUGCUCAUCGUAGCCGAUGACCUGGGCUGGAACGACGUGCCCUGGCACAACCCCGGAAUUCUCGCCCCCAAUUUGCGGCGGCUUGCGUCGGAAGGUGUCACUCUGGAGCAGAAUUACGUGCAGCCCGUCUGUAGUCCGACUCGAGGCGCCUUGAUGACGGGCCGGUACCCGUAUCGAUUUGGAAUGCAGAAUGGCGUCAUCAGGCCGCUGGAGCCCCAAGGGUUACCGCUGGAGCUCCCCGUCCUCGCCGAUGAACUGCGACAGCGGGGAUACUCAACCCACGCGAUCGGCAAGGACCUGUUUUGCUCGCACGGGAAGGUGGCACCUGGGCUACUGCAAGUGGCAGUACACGCCCACCUUUCGAGGCUUCGACUCGUUCCGGGGAUUCUACCUGGGCUCCGGGGACUAUUACGAGCACCUGGGCAACGCGGAACUGGCCACCGAACGCCACCAGUUUGGUCCCGGCGCCCGCGUGGACCGGAAGGACCGCGGCAAGGUACCACGUGGCACGAAAGGCUACGACUUCCGCGCCAACAACAGCGUGAGCUGGGAGGCCCGCGGAAGAUACUCCACGCGCAGACUAUUUUCGGCAAGGAAGCGACGAAGGUGGUUCGACGAAGUUCCCGUCAUGGGCGCCCCGUGUUCCUGUACUUGGCCUUCCAGGCCGUGCACGCCCCAUUGCAGGUGCCUGCCAAAUACGAGAACUUGUACCGCCACAUCCACAACGUGGAUCGGAGGCGGUUCUGCGGGAUGGUGACGGCCAUGGACGACGCUGUGGGGAUCCUAGAGCAGGAACUGAUCAGGCAGGGCCUCUGGAACAACACCGUGCUCGUCUUCACCAGUGAUAACGGCGGCCAAGUGCUGGCCGGCGGAAACAACUGGCCGCUGCGAGGCAACAAGAACACGCUCUGGGAAGGGGGCACCAGAGUACCCGGCUUCGUGGCCAGUCCGCUGCUCAAGCGCAGGAACUGCAUCAGUCACAGUGUGGUGCACGUGACCGACUGGUUCCCCACCCUGCUCGGUCUUGCCGGCGGCACCCCGGCCCCCGUCGGUCUAGACGGGGUGGACCAGUGGGCGGCCCUUAGCGAGUGCGGGCCGUCGGCCCGGGGGGGCUUCGUGUACAACCUGUUCGACCAAACGCCCCUCACCGGCGCCAUCAGGUUCGGCGAUUACAAGUUGCUGCACGGAUCCGGCGGCAGGCCCGAUGGCUGGUAUCCCGAACCCCUGCUAGGAAAAGCGAAUAUCGACAAAACGGGCCCGAAAACGAACCUCACCCUGUUUCUGUUCAACGUUCGCGAUGACCCCAACGAGCACCACGACCUGGCCGCACAGAAGCCCGAGCUGACCGCCUGGCUGGACAGUCUACUCAUGGAGCAGGCGGCAACAAUGGCCCCCAGCAUUCAGACGCCGGAUGACCCUCGGGGCGACCCUCGCAAAUUCGACGGCGCCUUUUCGCCCGAAUGGUGCUGACUAGGACUGGGCGUCGAUUAAAAGUUGCAACUCGAUGAACCGCCAUCUUUUAAUCGAUUAAUUAAUCGAAUCAUCGGUCUCGAUCCUUUAAUGCAUAAUGACGUGAAAAGUUUUUUUUU